CCCUUAAUUCAAAUAUUGAAAUAUCCAUGGAGACCUUGCUUAAUGAGAAGCUCAGAACUUACUGCAUCGCACUCAAAGAAUUUGUAUGAGAAGAUGAUUUUGGAAAUGUAGACCAAGCAAAAUACGAACAGCUGAUAGCUUCAGUCCCAUUCAAGAACAAACAAUGGGCUGGAGAUGCCAUCCUUGACACACUUUUCGAUUCAGCUGAUGAGAGGAUGACUGACGAUGGAGACAAAAAGAUCCUUGAGAAGCUUAAAGGAUUAGUUAAAUCAUACGAGCUUUGUGCUAAAGAUCCUAGCUCUCUUGUUCACGAAACGCUUUUCUUUCCAAACACAGAUAAUGUGAAGAGUUUAUGAAGACAAAUUGAGGCUGCCAAAAGAAACUUAAAAAUAUGUGUCUUUACGAUUACUGAUAACAAAAUCCGUGAUGCGAUCCUCAACAGAUAUGAGGAAGGAAUAAAAGUUCAAAUAAUUACAGACGACGAAUGAAUGAAGUCAGAAGGCAGUGACAUAGAGUACCUCGCUUCCAAAGGAAUUGAAAUUAGAACUGAUGACUCAAAAAGAAACCAUAUGCAUAACAAAUUCUGUAUCAUUGAUAAUAACAUCCUCUGCACAGGAUCCUUCAACUGGACUGUCCAGGCUGGGAAACGAAACCAGGAAAACAUCUUGAUUACAGAUUAUCCCUUCUUCAUUCAUGAGUACAGGGAGGAAUUUAAGAAGCUCUGGGCUCAAUUUGCUGAUAAUGAAGUCGAGCCAAUCCAAUAUGAACUCCGUGGCCGCAAGAAAUAUAGCCGAAAGAAGGCGAGAUGGAAUAAUCAUUAUUAA